AGAUGGUUCUGCAUCGACUUGGAAACAUCUUGCAGGAAAUUUGCAAUGGCUACGAAAAGGAAAUCGGGCGAUUUCUCGAACAGGAAUGACCAUCGAAAUUACAAAAAGCCUCGACAGGCAAGGCAACAGGAAGAGGCCAAAUUGCUCUUUUCACCACGACCGGAUUGGCACGCCGCAGAGUUACCAGCGCUCAAAGGACAAAAUGUAACAAGCGCUCCCUCUCAACGGCUUCUCGAGGAUCUCUUCGCACAUGCGACAAAUCUGCUACAGACGGAAAAUGCUACAUACGAUGCCUCUCAGAAAAAUAGCUCCUCGCAGCAUAAAUUCUUUUCCACCAUCAUGGCAUCGGGUACAUUGGAGGAUAAAGUGUCUGCUUUGACCUUGCUUGUCCAGGAGUCGCCACUGCAUGCAACAAAAGCUUUCGAGAGCUUAGUUGGGCUGUCACGGAAGAAGAGCAGAGAGCAGGCGCUCAUGGCCGUAGCAGCUCUGAAAGAUUUGCUGGGUCAAGGUGGAGUAUUACCAGGAGAUCGAAAACUUCGGGCAUUCGCAAAACAACCCGGUCUGAUCAGCGCCUUGCAGGGCAAAGUGGCGCGUUGGUCUGAGGGCGAACCUUUACCUGGUGGGCUUCAAGAAAUUCACCUGCUUGUCUGGGCUUUCGAGGACUGGUUGAAGAAGGCAUACUUUGAGCUUCUGCAGGUUCUCGAGACAUGGUGCAAUGAUGAGGUCUCGUAUGCACGGACAAGAGCCAUUACAUAUGUCUGGGAGUUGCUCAAGGAUAAGCCGGAGCAAGAGGAAAACCUCCUACGACUACUGGUGAACAAACUUGGAGAUCCGGAUCGCAAGAUUGCCUCGAGAGCUUCGCAUCUGUUGUUGCAAUUGGAGACUGAGCAUCCUGCCAUGAAAUUGGUGGUCACUAAUAGUGUCGAAGCGGACUGUCUAUUUCGUCCAGGCCAAAGCCUUCACGCGAAGUAUUAUGCCAUCAUCACCCUGAAUCAGACUGUGCUCGGGAAGAAGGAGGAAGAGCUUGCCAACAGAUUACUCGACAUUUACUUCAGUCUUUUCAUUCAACUUUUGAAACCGAUAGCAUCAGAUGAAGAUGAAGCCAUUGUCGCAAAGCGUAAAGUUGCCGAGAGGGAACAGGGCGGCGGCGGCAAGGCGGGCAAGAUGGCGGCUAAGAAGCGCAAAGCAGAAGAGCGCACGGAAGAGUCGGUCGGUCAGCUACGUGACAAGAUGACUGCGCAAGUAUUGGCUGGCGUGAACCGAGCAUUCCCCUACGCCGACGUGAACGAUCCCAACUUUGAGCAGCAGCUGAACACUAUAUUCCGGGUGACGCACUCUGAGAAUUUUAACACUUGCGUUCAGGCUCUGAUUCUGCUACAACAAAUAUCAUCACGCAAGCACUUCGGCGCCGAACGCUAUUACAGGACCCUAUACGAAUCUCUCCUGGAUCCCCGAUUGAUCACAUCUAGUAAGCAGAUUAUGUAUCUCAAUCUGCUCUACAAGAGUCUCAAGUCGGAUUUGAAUGCGAAGCGUGUCCAGGCUUUUGUCAAACGCCUUUCGCAAACAAUCAAUCUUCAUGAGCCACCUUUUGCGUGCGGAAUCAUUUACCUGAUCAGCGAACUCGAGGGAACUUUCCCGAGCAUCAGGAAUAUGCUCACUGAGCCUGAAAUCGCAGAUGAAGACGAAGAAGAGCAUUUUUAUGAUGUACCAGAAACCGCCGACGGAGCUGUAGACGGAGCCGACGCAUCGCCUGCAGUGAAGAAAUUCUCAACAUCCUACGACGCUAAGAAGCGAGAUCCCGAACAUGCCCACGCUGAUCGAUCAUGUCUCUGGGAUAUCCUACCAUUCCUACAGCACUUCCAUCCAUCGGUAGCGCUGUUCGCCGAGAACCUCUAUCUCCGCAAGAAGAUGCCCCCCAAACCGGACCCUGCACAACACUCACUGAUGCACUUUCUCGAUCGCUUUGUCUACCGUAAUCCACGCACGAAGCAAGGAGUCACGCAUGGUAGCUCCAUCAUGCAGCCCAUGGGUGGCAGCAGUGCCGCGGAUCUAUUGUUCAAGGCCGGAAACGAGAUCAGCGGCGCCAAGGCACAAGCGCCAGUCAACGCGGAGGCAUUCUGGACCAAGAAGGUCGAAGACGUGCCCGUCGACGAGGUAUUCUUCCACAGCUACUUCAACGCCGCGGGCAACAGCAAGAAACGUGCUGCUACGACGGCGAAGGACGCGAAGAAGAGACGAUCGGGUGACGAUGAAGACAGCGAGGACGAAGGCGAGGAGGAGAUAUGGCAAGCCAUCGCAAACUCGAAGCCAGAGGUCGACGGUGACGACGAGGACGAUGAUCUUAGCAUGGGUGAUUUGGAAAGUGCUUUCAGCGAUAGCGAUCUAGGCUCAGAGGGCGGCAUCAACCUCGGCGGAGGAGAUGAUGGCGAUGAAGAUGCCGAGGCAGCAUUGAAUGGCAAGGAUGAGAUGGAUGGCGACUUCCCUGAGUUUGAGAGUGACGACGAAGCCAUGUUCGACGACGAUGACGAUGUACCUGAAGGUCUUGACGACGAGAGCGAGGAAGAGGGCGGCAAGGAGUUGUCGCACAGCCAGAAGAAGCGCAAGGAGAGGAAGAAGCUCAAGAGUCUGCCUACGUUCGCAUCGGCGGAGGACUAUGCCAAGCUGUUGGAUGCAGAUGACGAUGACAACUUCAAGGUGUAAGCGGAUAGAAUUUAAUGUUUCCAUAUCGGAUAGACCAAACUUGAAAUUCAACCACUACAACGUCAAAUCGGGCAAUCAGCCCAGCCUGCCACAUAAUGCAUUCAGUGUUCGCAGAAAACGGGCACUAAUAUGAUUUCACAU